CGAGUCAACACUUUCAGUUUCUCCUGUGAAAAUCCUCUCGUCGCCGGUCUCCGCAGCCAUCGCAGCCGUAGCAACCUUGGGAACCCCUCGCGAACUCUCCGGAGUCGGGAUCAUGGCGUCUCUACGGACCGGGUUGCGGUGGUUGCGCCUGUCGAAUAAUGGUGGUGAAAAGCAAUUCCAUCCCAGGUCAGCUGCGACGGCAUUGGCACACGAACUAUUUAGCUGCAGCAACCCACCUUUGGCCCGCCGUGGUGGGGUUCCUUCUUCCUCGUCCUUUCGUCUCAUCCCUCAGUCUCGGUCCUUCACAGUCCUCGCAUCUCAACCACAGCUUCCACCGUCUCAAUUGGCUUCACACUCCUUCUCGUCCUCCUCGUAUCCAUCUUGCCACCUCAGGCCACACCAACGACUCCGUCCCGCACCGCCGUACCCCGCUUCGUCGCUCUCCGCCCUUCGAUCCUUCUCGACCUCAGCCCCUCGCUCCUGUCCGAUAACCAUGGCGGAGAAGGCCCAAGUCAAGAAGUACCUGCAGGAGAGCCAUGACAAGAUCUUCGAGAACAACCGCAAGUGGGCCGACGCCCAGUCCGCAAAGGACCCCCAGUUCUUCGAAGAACUCUCCAAGGGCCAGUCUCCCAACUACCUCUGGAUAGGCUGCGCCGACUCCCGCAUCCCCGCCGAGGCCAUCACCGGCCUCGGCCCCGGCGAGAUGUUCAUCCACCGCAACAUCGCCAACCUCGUCUGCAACGUCGACCUCAACGCCAUGUCCGUCGUCGAGUACGCCGUCAGCCACCUCAAGGUCAAGCACAUCAUCGUCUGCGGCCACUACGGCUGCGGCGGCGUCAAGGCCGCCAUGACCCCCCAGGACCUGGGCAUCUUGAACCCCUGGCUGCGCAACAUCCGCGACGUCUAUCGUCUGCACGAGAAGGAGCUGGAUACCCUCGAGGGCGAGGCCAAGUACGACCGCCUCGUCGAGCUGAAUGUGCUCGAGCAGUGCAGGAAUGUCAUGAAGACGGCCGCCGUGCAGAAGUGCUUUGCUGAGAAUGAGUUCCCCGUCGUGCACGGCUGGGUGUUUGGGUUCAAGGAUGGCUUGUUGAAGGAUUUGAAGUUUGAUCACGCCGCCACGCUCAAGGAUAUUCAGAAGAUUUAUAACUUGACGAGUUGAGGGGAGCGGUUGCUGAUGGUAUUUGAGGCGCAUGUGGGACUAGAGGCUAGUGAGGGAUUAGAGAUGGAUUAGGAGUUAGACGGUACGAAUAUACGAAAGCAUAUCCUCA